UCCAUUCUAAUAUACUGAAGUCCCCAUUCCUGCCGUCUCCCAACUUACUCUCUAAUAACCUACUGCCCCCUCUCUUUUCUCCCACAUAUAUCCCUCACGCUCUCCUCUGCACGACCCCAUCUCGCAGUCCCCCAAAAUGACCAAACCCACUCCCAAACCCCGCUCCAGCGCCAACAUGCCCCCACCCCCCAUGAAGAAGACACGCGUAGUGAAGAAAUCCCUCGUACUGCAAAUGCUCCUGACCAAGCUCGAGGCGUCCAAGACGGCUGACUGGCACGCGCUGUCCCUCCGCCUAUCUCCUUCCUCUGGCAACAGCAAGACCGAGGCCAAGGGGCUGUCCGGCAGCGACCUGCACGAGCUGUACCACAACUUCGUCCUUCCCGGCCUCAAGGCGGGGCGCGCGCUGUGGGAGGAGGGGGAGGGUAGAGACGUCGAGGCUGAGGAGGGGGGAAAUGCCGAGCACGAUGACGAGAUGGAGAAGAAGCCUCCCGUUGGCCUUCCUGCCGCUACUGGGGCCGUCGCCAAGGAAAAGGACGCGAGCGAGAGCAAAGGUGGGAAGGGACGCUCCCCCACAUCCAACAGGAAGCGCAAGAUGUCUGUCGGCACGGCGUCUCCUAGUGGCAGUGGAUGCGAUCCCAAGACGGGUGAUGGAGACCUCGAGGACGGCAAAGAGGGAGCCCAACCCCAGACCGAAGGUGGCCCAGGUGUCCACAAAAAGGUCAUCCAGCUCUCCUCACCCGCCACAUCGAGUCGCCACAUCCCUCCGCCAACAGAUGAUACUGAGGCCAAGCCAGCGUCCCGCCGUUCCACCCGCGCGCGCCGCCACAUCAUCCACAUCCAAGAGAUCGAUGGCAGCGACGACGAGACGGGUGCUGAGCGUUCCUCCAGUGAAGUCAGAUCCGGGUCCACCGUGCCCGCCUCGCAGCCGCAGGGCACCAGUCCUCCUUCCAAGGCCGACGGGGAGCCUUCGGCUCUUCACGACUCUAAUCUCGCCCAGGCCAGUACGCGCAAGGCGGCUCCGGGGUCCCGUGCGGCGCACAACACCGAUGCCGCCUUCGACAGCCCGCACGCCAUCACCAAGCCGCUUCGCAAGCGCAAAAUCGACCCUUUUGGAUUCGACGACCCCAGUCCCUCUCCGUCAGCCGUGUCGAAGCCAAGCCCCAAGUGCAAGCCAAAGACGCCCGCCAAGUCCAACUUAGCCGCGCCGCGCCGGCGCGGCGCGCAGGCGUAA